AUGUUUAUUUUACUUAUCUUAUUAAUUCGAUUUUCAUUGGUAUAUUCAUCAACAACUUGUUCAAUAUUUCCAUCAUUGAAUUGUUCUUGUUUUCAAUCAAAUAUCGAUUUAAAUGUAACUUUAUCAACAAAAAUCUAUUCCCAUUUAUAUUGUCAAGGAAAUUCGCUAAAUAAAACAACAUUUCAAUACCCAUUUGGUUCUGAUUUUAAAUAUCAAAGUCGUUUUCGUACUGUUUCAAUCGAAAUUUUCAAUAAAAAUCAUGUAGAAAUUCAUUCACACCAAUUUGAUUCUUUAGCAAUGUUAUUUUCUCAAACAAAUCCCGAUAUUCAAGUUAAUAUUUCUCUUCGAUUUGAUGGGUUUAGUCAAAUUACUUUUCAUGAAUAUUCAUUAACGUCAGCUAUGUUUCAACAAAAACAUCAAAAUAAAAAUUUAAGAAUAGAUUUUAUACCAUCAACAUAUAAUUUAACACAAAUUGAAACUAAUGAAGAAAAUAUGACAAAUAUUGAAGAACAAUUUCAUUUUUCAUCGAAUUGUUUUUCUGGUUUAAUUGUGUCUCAAUUAACAAUUUAUAUUCAUACAAAAGAAGAUUAUUUUUCAUCAUUAUCUUCAUUUGAACAAAUAUUUAAUAAUACAAAUAUUGGUGAACUUCAUCUUCAUGGAACAAUUAUUCCUCCAAGUUUAUCAUCUUUAAAUCGAACAUUUAAAGGUCAUAUAAGAUCAUUAAUACUUCUUCGACAUGUUGACAUUAUUGAUUCAACAAGUUUUCCAUUUUAUUCCCAUGUUUAUUCAUAUACAAUUCAUUCAAUUGAAGCACAUUCAAUGAAUCUUAGUUCAUUUGUACCAUUUUAUAUAAAUUUACGUCGAUUAGAAAUAAUGAAACCAUCAUUUGAAGUAUCUAUUAAUUAUUUAAUUCCAUCAUUAGAUUUUUUAACAUUAGAUAUUGAACAUUUAACUGAUAAAACACUUUUAGCUGCUCGUCAUAUUCGUCAUUUAAAAUUAGGUUCACGUCUUCGUACAAUAAAUUCAGAUGUAUUAAAGUUAUUAUCAAAUCGUUUAUAUUAUUUUGAUUUAUCUGAUAUUGAUCUGUCUCAAAUGACAUUAGAUUCCCAUUGUCUCCUUUUAAAAUAUCUUUCAAACAAUUCUCAACAGCAACAAUUAAAUAUAAUUUAUCCUCGAAUUGAAAAUUUAAAUGAAUGUAAUUGUGAUCGAAUUUUUCUUAAUUCUAUUCAGAUAAAUUCCAAAUCUUAUUCGAAUAAUAAUUAUUCAACAUGUUCAAAAUUAUGCAUGUUUAGUGAUUGUCAAAUAAUUAGUGAAUAUUUUAAAGAGAAAUAUUCAUUGAAUAAAGAUGAUCUCAUUUAUAUUGUUAAUGAAACAAUUAAUGAUAAAAAUAAUUCAAAUGAACAUUUCUCAUCAAUUGAUCUAUAUUCGGAUCCAAUUGAUGUUGAUAUGAUGAGCUUUCUUAUUAAUCAAACAGAUGAACAAGAACGAAAUGAAACACAAAGACGAUUAACAACAACAACAACAACAAUAUCUAUCAUUAUUGACAUGGCUAAUAUUUCAGUAAUUGAAAAUAUUGAAGAAUAUGAUGAUAAGAUUUAUCUUUAUUCUACACCAAAAUUUGUUGAACCAUCGAUUGAUGAAAUGAAUGAACCACAAGAUCCUUAUCGAAUAUUAUCUUUUUCAUGGUUAUCAUUUUUUAUUGGUGUUAGUGUUGUCUUUCUUUUAAUAAUAAUUCUUAGUUUUAUUAUAUUUUUAAUUGUACAAUAUCGAAAAAAUCAUAAUUUUAAACCUGUACCUGUCUAUGUUUAG